AAAAAGGUCUCGUGCGAAGUUUCGAGAUACGUGUACUCAUUACUGUGGUAUGGUGGGCAUUCAAAACCUCAACAGAUGACGUAUUCUUGCAUUGCAGCUCACAUUUGACUGCUUCAAAUAUUUCAGCUUUCUCUUCUCAAUUCGUAUCCCUAGGCAUAUCGAGAAACACAAAAUCACAAGUCUACAGCCUUACCAAACAAUUAUAAACGUCACAGACAACCUAUAUACUCACUCAAGAUGUCUGACAACACUUUCCACGUCACCGGCGAAGAUGUUCGGAAGAUGGAGUCCAAAGAGUCAAAGUUCCAUGAUGGCAAGACACCAGCCGACUCUGAUACUUCUGCCAUGAAGCAAAUCCUGUCUGAGCAAGAAAGCAAGCAAGACCAGAUCGACCGUGUCAAGGCGAACCUACCUCUACCAGACCAACCAGUUGGAGGAGCCAGUGCAGACCUUCAGUCAGCAGACCAACGUACCGUCAACGUUGGCAGUGGUGGUGUCAAUGUCAAGUUGGGCACGCACUCCAGUAAUGGUCUGAGAGAGCCUGCAACCGCCGAAAGCAGCGCGCGGAUCGAUGGCGAAGAGUGGAAGAAGGAGACUGCACCAUAAAUGGAGCAAAAACAGGGUCGAGGCGUUAAUUGUUCACCAGUUUGUAUUGUUGAAGGAGGAAUUGUGAAGACACUUAAAUGCCAUGCAAGCAUAAAGCUUGAAGUCAAGUGUAUAUAACCCGGAGGGAUCCACAUUAAAAUGAGACCUGUUGAAGCUCAGCUUUUCACGUCCUACAUGAUCUUGUCUCGAUCGUGCAUCCUGUGAAGUGCGUAGAGACCCUCCAGUGGGAUUUUAAGCGCUGUUUGUCUGACGGUAUUUCGGUCGGCAUGCGUACCUCAUUUGGUGUGGGCAGGUCAGCUGGAUCGGAACUGCUCUCAUUGUGUAGCGAGGUAUCUCAGGCUCGUGAACGUCGG